CGCGUGGGUUCGAGGCAGGAGCGCAUGCGCAUCGCUUUCUCGGCGAUGGGCGCGAGGGCGCUGAUGAGGGGGCCGCACCGCCUCCACCUUCUCUUCCUGGGCGGCAGUUCGGGGCGCCGGCCUCCCUUCCCUCCGGGGUGCCGCUCCGCCGCGGGCCCUGGCGCCCUCAGCCCCUUCGACCGGCAACUGAAGAGGAAGCAGAAGGAGUGGGCGGCGGCGCGGCCGGAGAUGCAGCGCUGCGAGUACCUGAGGGAAGAGGUUGGUGGUAGGAUAGCUGACCGAGUGUUUGACAUAAGUAGGACUUUCUCCCUUGCAUUGGAUCUUGGCUGUGGACGAAGCUACAUAGCUCAGCAUUUAAACAAGGAUGUCAUUGAACAGCUUUUUCAAGCCGAUAUUGCAGAAAACGCUUUGAAAAACGCAAUAGACUCCGAAAUACCCAGAGUCAGUGUUAUAGCUGAUGAAGAAUUCCUUCCUUUCAAAGAGAAUACAUUUGAUCUUGUUGUCAGUGGACUGAGCUUGCAUUGGGUAAAUGAUCUUCCCAAAACAUUGCACGAGAUACAUCGAAUCCUUAAACCAGAUGGAGUAUUUAUUGGUGCCAUGUUUGGGGGAGACACACUCUUUGAGCUUCGUUGCUCUUUACAGCUGGCUGAACUGGAAAGGGAAGGUGGAUUUUCCCCACACAUAUCUCCGUUUACUGCUGUCAGUGACUUAGGACAUCUACUGGGAGGAGCUGGCUUCAACACAUUGACUGUGGAUACUGAUGAAAUCCAAGUUAAUUAUCCAGGGAUGUUUGAGAUUAUGGAUGAUCUGCAAGGUAUGGGAGAAAGCAAUUGCUCUUGGAGCAGAAAACCUAUGCUACACAGGGCAACCAUGUUGGCAGCAGCAGCUGUGUACAGAGAAAUGUAUGGAAAUGAUGAUGGGACCGUACCUGCAACAUUUCAAAUAUAUUACAUGAUAGGUUGGAAAUUCCAUGAAACCCAGGCAAGACCAGCACAGAGAGGUUCUGCAACGGCGUCUUUUGGCGAUCUCAGAAAAAUUAAUGAGCUAAUUCCAGGAGGGAAAAAGCUUUGAGAUGUGAUGUAAUUAGUGGACUUUUGAACUGUGGAUAUUCACUCUGCCAUGUGCUUUUUAAAAUGGACGUACCACUGACUUUAUUUAUGUAUGUAAAUAGAAACAGCAUAGGGCUGUGGAUUUUUAUUGUAUAAUGCCAAAUAAAAUCAUGGUAUU